ACCCUCUCUUCUUGAGUCCAAAGGGUAAAAUAGGGAUUUAACAAACUCAAUUGAAAUUUUGGGUCGAGUCGAGUUCGGAGUUCCAUCGUGUAUCGUCUCUCUCUCUUCGUUCUCUUCAUCGCAAAUCGCCUCAGCACAUCUGAUUACGGCCGCUCAUCCCCGACCACCGCGCUCCUCUGUCCCGUCGUUUGCUUUUCCUUCUGUAGAUUAAUUGAAAUGGCUGGACACAAGGUUGCUCAUGCCGUCCUGAAAGGACCGAGUGUUGUCAAGGAGUUAUGCAUUGGAUCAGUUCUUGCUUUGGCUGCAGGGAGCCUCUGGAAAAUGCAUCACUGGAAUGAGCAGAGAAAAGUGAGGACUUUUUAUGACUUGCUUGAGAAGGGUGAGAUCGGUGUUGUGGUGCAGGAAGAGUAAAUGUUAGCUGUUUUUCACUUAUGAUUUUCUUAUUCGACAGUUUGUAAUCAUUUUGUGUUUUCUUGCAUUUGGCUCUUGAACUUUGCUAUGAGCUUCGAUGUUGGAUUUUUUGGAGAAUAAAUUUCCUUUACUCAA